AUGUUUUGCCAUCUCUAAGUCGACUUCCCCGUUUUAACAAAUUUAUUUUGAUUUCUGACGACUAAAGUGAACGGGUUUAUUUCUGGCAUAUUCAGGCUUAAUUUUCUCUAUCUUUGUAUUUGUUAAGCUUACAAGUUCCCUUUUCUUCAAUUAAAGUAUAGACGCACCACCGAAAGAAGCAAAAAUCGCUGACUGCGCAUCUUUCUUUGUUGUUGCGCCCAAAAAACACAUGUGCGCCGUGGAAGAAGAAGAACAAUAACAUAUCACAUAAUUUUUGCAUCGUCAUCUGGAAUGUCGGACCUGGACAACAUAUUCAUCAAUGUGCGGGCACGCCUCCAAUCCGAGGGCGUAAAGCUCUGGGAGGAGCCGUACUAUUCCGAGGAACUCGGCAGCAUCGAGGGCGCCCUGGAGAACCUGGCAAAAGAGUACUCCCGCACACUGGGCUUCGAUAUGAGCCGCUGCAAGUUCAUUUUGACGGAGCUGCAGGAGAAUGCCCUCCGUAAGCUGGCCGCCCGGCGUGAGUUCUCCGCCACCGGAAUAGCCACGUUCAAGGUGCGCCGCAUUGACAACCGCAACGGCACCACCAACAUGCUGGACAUCAAGUGUGACCUGAACUCCCUGGGCUCCGGCCUGCAGGCGGUCAUCGCCGAGAAACUCCAGUUGCCGGAUCAGAACCACGUUAAGUGCAUCGCUGCCGGAAGAAUGGUGGCUGCCAAUGCCACUCUGGCUGCCCAGCAGCUGAAGAACAACCAGCAGUUGAUUGUGAUCGUGGGCGAUGGGAAUAAUCGCAGUGAAGCCCUCUACGAACGGAUCAAUCGGGUCAAGGCCGAUGUGCAGGCAGUGGUGUCCUCGCAAAAUCGUCUCGUUGAGAUGGAGGACCAGAAUGGCAGCCCCGUCUUUCUGCCGCCCGCCGAGAAUCGGGCCCUGCUCAUCGGCUUGGGAUUCUGCGAGAAGGCCCGGGCGGCCAUGCUGCGCGAGGAUUUUGAGGAGGCUCUGCUGCUGCUGCUGGAGGCCGACGAGUCCUUUGCCACCUGCGACUCGCAGUUCCUCGAGUCGGUGGACAACUAUGCCCUGCUCAAUCUGGACAUAGUGUGGUGCUAUCUUUGCCUGAAGAACGUGACCCAGCUGCCGGAUGCCGAGCGUCGCCUGGCCGUCUGCGGUCGCAACUUCCGUCGCAGCUAUGGCGACAGCUUCGAGAGGCUGUACUUGCUGAAGGGCAAGGCCUGUCCGGAACGGGCCCUGAUCAUGCGCCUGCAGCUGCUCCAGGGCGUGGUGAUGUUCCAUCAGAACCGACGCGAUGAGGCCUUCGAGCGCUUCGAGGCGGCCGGCAUGCUGCUGCGGGAGCUCAAGGUCAACGCCGAUCAACUGGCUCUCCUCGUGGAGAUGGGCUUCGAGGAGACCGAGGCCCGGCUGGGCCUGCGCUCCUGCGAGGGCAACGGCAACGUGGAGCUGGCGGUGCAGUUCAUCCAGGAGCGUCGGCAGCAGCUGAAGGAUGCCCGCAAGCAGUCCAAGGCGGAGCGGGCUCUGCAGCGCCGCCUGAUGCGCUCCAAUGCCAACGAUAGCGACUGGGUUAAUCCGCGCAGCGUCUGCACCCUCACCGAAAUGGGAUUCGAAAGGGCACUGGCCAUUGUAGCCUUGCAGCGCUCUAAGAAUGAUUUACCCAAAGCGGUGGAACUGCUGCAGACCGAGUCCGACGCACUGCGUGCCGCUUUGCCCCAGACGAGUGCAUCCGCCGACACGGUCAAGCUGGCCCAUCUGCUCCAGCUGGGAUUCAACGAGGACAACGUUCGCGUGGCCCUGGAGGCCACAUCGAAUGACAUCGAACGGGCCAUCGAAUGUCUGUUGCGCGCCUUUCAGAGCGAGGAUGAGCUGAAGCAGACCAUGGAUCGAGUUAGCCGUAUGGUUGACUCCAAGGGCCAGGAUUUGGAUGGUCCCUCCACCUCGAACGCCCAGGCUGCACCCCCAUCGCCCAUCAUCGAUGCGGUUAUGAGACACGCACGCUCCGAAAUCGAGACCUACAAGGCAUACGAGCGGUUCAACUCUGACCUCAGCCAAAACGAUAUGGACUACUUGGAUCUGCCACUCGUUCAGGAGGAAAAAAUCCUGGCUGAAUAUCUCAACAUGCUGCAGCAGUGAUAUUCAUGCGCCUUUCUAUUGCUAUAUCUCCGCUCAAUAUUGAAAAAAAAACGAGAACCAGUUGUGGAGAUAACAGUAAUCA